AUGAACCCUUGGUUGACAACUUGUAUUGUUGCCAUUUUGGCAAUUUCUGUAUUUGCCGAUGGAGAUAAAAAGGAAGUUAAAUAUGGAACUAUCAUAGGGAUCGACUUAGGCACGACGUAUAGUUGUGUCGGUGUUUAUAAGAAUGGACGAGUUGAAAUAAUUGCCAACGAUCAAGGCAACCGUAUUACUCCAUCAUAUGUUGCAUUCACUAGUGAUUCUGGAGAACGUUUAAUUGGUGAUGCAGCCAAAAAUCAGCUUACUAUUAAUCCAGAAAACACCGUUUUUGAUGCGAAACGUUUGAUUGGCAGAGAAUACAAUGAUAAGACAGUACAGGACGAUAUGAAAGUUUGGCCGUUCAAGUUGAUUAACAAAAGCAAUAAACCAAUGGUACAAAUGAAAGUUGCGAAAGACACGAAAACAUUUGCUCCUGAAGAAAUUUCUGCUAUGGUUUUGGGAAAAAUGAAGGAGAUUGCGGAGUCGUAUCUUGGUAAAGAGAUCAAACAUGCGGUCGUCACUGUACCAGCUUACUUCAAUGAUGCACAGAGGCAAGCGACAAAAGAUGCUGGCACUAUUGCUGGUCUUAAUGUAGUGCGUAUUAUCAAUGAACCAACAGCGGCAGCUAUUGCUUAUGGCCUGGAUAAGAAGGAAGGGGAACGGAAUAUUCUUGUAUUUGACCUCGGUGGUGGUACUUUUGAUGUUUCAAUGCUCACAAUUGAUAAUGGAGUUUUCGAAGUACUGGCAACCAAUGGUGACACUCAUCUUGGCGGUGAAGAUUUUGACCAAAGAGUAAUAGAGUAUUUCAUCAAAUUAUAUAAGAAGAAGACCGGAAAAGACAUCCGCAAAGAUACUCGCGCGGUGCAAAAGUUACGUCGGGAAGUUGAGAAAGCUAAGCGAGCACUUUCUACACAACAUCAAGUACGUGUAGAAGUUGAGUCACUUUACGACGGUGAAGACUUCUCAGAAACGCUCACGCGUGCGAAGUUUGAGGAACUAAACAUGGAUCUCUUCCGUGCUACAUUGAAGCCAGUCCAGAAGGUCCUAGAGGACUCAGAUCUCAAAAAAGAGGACGUUCACGAGAUUGUUUUGGUUGGUGGUUCAACGCGUAUUCCUAAAGUUCAGCAGCUUAUCAAAGAGUUCUUUAACGGAAAGGAGCCUUCUCGUGGCAUUAAUCCUGAUGAAGCUGUUGCAUAUGGUGCUGCCGUACAGGCUGGUGUGAUUUCUGGAGAAGAAAAAGCAAAUGAUAUCGUGCUUCUUGACGUAAAUCCGUUGACGCUUGGCAUUGAAACAGUUGGUGGAGUAAUGACCAAACUGAUUAACCGUAAUACCGUUAUUCCGACGAAGAAGAGCCAAAUAUUCUCAACUGCAGCAGAUAACCAGCCCACUGUGACGAUUCAGGUCUACGAAGGUGAACGUCCGAUGACAAAAGACAACCACAUCUUGGGUAAAUUUGACCUCACGGGUAUUCCUCCAGCACCAAGAGGUGUUCCUCAAAUUGAGGUGACAUUUGAAAUAGACGUCAAUGGUAUUCUUCACGUUACUGCUGAGGAUAAGGGUACCGGUAAUAAAAAUAAGAUCACAAUUACAAAUGAUCAGAAUCGUCUGUCACCUGACGAUAUUGAGAGGAUGAUUAAUGAUGCUGAAAAAUUCGCUGACGAGGAUAAAAAGGUGAAAGAGCAGGUUGAGGCUCGGAAUGAUCUGGAAAGUUAUGCAUAUUCGUUGAAGAACCAGAUUGGAGAUAAGGAGAAGCUUGGUGGGAAGUUAGAUGAUGCUGAUAAGAAGACUAUUGAAGAGGCCGUUGAUCAAGCGAUAUCUUGGCUGGAUAGUCACAAGGACGCUUCGGCAGAAGACUUGCAACAACAGAAGAAGGACUUAGAAGGGAAAGUGCAACCUAUUGUAUCUAAGUUAUAUAAGGAUGCCGGUGGGGCUCCUCCAGAACAGCACGAUCACGAUGAUAAGGACGAACUUUAA